UUCUAGAAGCCUCACCAAUUUAAUUAAUGGAGAAAGUCUGAUGACCUCUGUUCUAUCAUCAAUUACAUUUACUAGUAUUAUGGAUUUUAACAAAGGACUACGCAGUGAAAGGAACCAAACCUUAGCUCAAGGCAUUGUGAGUGCAGUUUCUUCAUAUAUUAUAGCAAGUUUCUGGUUCGGAAUUCUAAGUUCAAAGCUGAUUCAGUUGUGGAUGUCAACUGGUUUUGGUGAUGAUGUCAAUCAUAUGAGUCUCAUCUUUUCAACUCUGUAUCUCAUCUUUUAUAUUUGUGAGUUACUUGGAAUGUCAGGAAUAUUUACUCUGGCCAUUGUGGGACUUCUUUUAAAUUCUACAAGUUUUAAAGCAGGAGCUGAAGCAUCUCUUGAGUAAGUGGCUAGUACUUUUUCAUUUUAUUUCAUACCCUGGAAGGUACAAUAUUAUAAUAGUAACAAUAUCUACAUCUACAUGGUCAAAGUAAGAUUUUCAAAGACUUAAAAACUACCCAACUAAAAACCUUUCCUAGAUUUUAUUUUUUCUCGCCAGUUCUUUUGAAUCUUCCAAUUUAACGCAAAUCCAUAACCUUACCUUGAGUGCAUGCUGAUUCUGUUUCCCUGCUAAUUCCUUAAGUCUCUGAUUAUCUGCUCAAUAAUUUCCUAUAUAAAAUCUUGUACUCACUAGUAAGAGGGUGUCAAAAGUACAGUAAUUGAGGAAUAAUAUUUUAAUAUUUUAAUGAAAUAUUUUAAAAUUACGUUUAAUUCAGCUGAACUUAAUGCCAAAAAAAAAAAAAAAAAACUUAAGUAUUUUAAGGACAAUAAGAUGCUGUGUAAAGCAAAUCCAAAGAGUUAGCCAGGGCAUUUGAAGAGGAUUAGCAGUGUUCUAAAAGAAAAUAUGACCAAACUUAAUGUAAGCAAGACUAUGGGUGGAAAAGUGCAAAUUGUGCCUUGCUCAAGGGAACUCAGCUGAGGGGUGAGUAGUUAUCAGCCUAGAGGAAGAGCACUUUCUGUAAUGCUUCAGUACCUAGGGUGGGAACUGGACAUGAACCAUAUAAUGACAACAUAUGUGUUAACAAACGUUCUAAAAGUAAACCAUGGUUUUUGGAGUUAUGGGACAAUGUUAUAGAAGAUAGAAUUAAUUCUGAAGUAAUAAGCUUAAAAGAUAAAGGGUCUUGUAGGAUUCUGGAGCACUUCUGUAAAAUUCCAUGCCAAUUACAAUGG